AACAUCGUACAAUCAUCGAAUAGUUUCAGUUUGAACUGGCAACGUUUGCAAGCUCGUUCAUUGAUCGAUUUUGGUGACUUUGGUUUUUUGUAUACGUAAUCCCAGUUUCCUUCGCUCAAUCUCGUGCCAUGCUGUCGUUGUAUAGAGCAAUUAUAAUAUUACUUGUAGUUGUCACGGUGCACACUUAUGCACGUCCAGAAAACCAACCGUCUUGUAGUUGCGACCAUUGCAAUAACGAAGUAAAAACUGAUGUAAAGGAGGAAAAUGAAAAUGUAUUAUCGACGACGAAAUUGUUAUAUAAAGAAGACAGCGAUGGCGAUGGCAAUCGUACUAUUUGCGCUCGAAGUCGCGAUUUCAAUGACCGUACAUUCCCAAGCGUUUGUCAUAUGUUAUGUUACAAUCGAUGUCUCGUAUUGCGACUUUCUACUGUCACAGUAAAUGACACGAAGAAAUAUGUCGUGAUCGCAUAUAGAAACAAUUACUACAAACUACGGGACGGUGAAUGUUGAAGGGUUCCAUGGAACUACGCUGUGACGUCAUGACGUUAAUUGGCAGUACCACGAGGUUAGUAAAUUCUUCGCAAUUUAGCAAGCAUCGAUAUGUAAACAAUUUUAUACUUGAAAUUACCAUAUGUAUACUUUACACAAAUAAUAAUAGAUAUAUUUGAAUGUGGAUACGUAAUAAAUUAAAAGUAAAACGACGAGACAUGUAUUGCCUAUGUUACGAGUGAUUAUCGGGAAUGUAAUAUUAUAACUCGAAUAGCAAUAUUCUUUGAUUAUUGUACAAUAAGUAACAAAAAAGUUAUACGUAUACGAGAUUAUAGCGAAUAAUAUGUUUUGGGUAAAUGAUAUUUUUAACUGGCAAUGACCAAAAUAUUUUAUCCUUUUAUUUAUUUUAUCCUUUUCUUUAAAUAUUUUGAUAUAUAGAAGUUACCUGUUACACUUAGUCAUUUUUAUCCAUAAUAUAUGAGUAUAACUGUUAUACAAGAUAGUGUUAACAUAUGCGCAUUAUACACCCAUAAAUAUAUAUUAGUAUCGACAAACAUUCUAUGUGAGCUUAAUUUUGUAUAAUACAGAUUAAAAAUUAUUCUAUGUUAAUAAACAAAUGGUACACGGUA